AUGCAAGCUUGGCUUUCGGUAUGCGAGGGUUGGAAGGCCGGACACGGUGACUGGAUAAUCGAGCUUUCGCAAGAUCAACGCCAUGUGCCUGAACGACCAGCAUCUGAAUCCGGGGCGGACGGAAUUUUCAUCCCUUCUUUGGGUGUGCCAGAACGACCAACAUCCAAGUCCGUAUCUGAUUCGAGUGGCCGAGGGGUAUCCGGGCGAGGUGUACCGUCGAAGGCCAAAGAAUUAGCAUUUCGAGGGGAACCACUAUCGGAGAUUAUCCCGGGACCAGAUGACUUUAGUCCUAUCCUUAUAUUGGAUGCGCCUGAUCGACUAGCGUCCAAAGUUGGGACUUCCCGCUUAGCGCCAUCUCCAGAUGCGUCUGAACGACAAGCAUCUGAAUCCGGGGCGAACGGAAUCUUCAUCCCUCCGAUGGAUGUGCCAGAACGACCAACAUCCAAGUCCGGACAGAUCGAAUCUGCUUUAACCAACGAGUGUAAACUUCAAAGUGUCGUCAAGCGAGGGAUUCAUCAAGACCAUCUUGUGGAAAGAAUACGCAAACCUGCUGUACUUGAUCGGAUCUGCGUUGAAUUGGGGGAGCACGGUCUCCAAAUCGUAAAACGACAGGUGACGGCGAUGAUCGCCCUUUCCAAUGCGGUCGUCACGAGGAUCGUAGGGUCGCCCGCCUUCGUCGUCGUAACCAUUGAGAUUACUAUGAUGAAAGCGAGGGACUUCUACACGAUUCUCAAAUACGGAGUGUAUGCUUUCUUUCCGAGGAGGAUCAUGAUGAUUAUGAGUGAUACCACUAAUUCGAGUUUUUGGAGAUUCAAAACGGUCAUUGACGUCAGCUCCUGCCUGCUGAGAGACAUUCGCUGCAAUCUCUGA